UCCCUUCCGGUGCUGUUCGCGCGGGUGCGUGGAGGCGCGCGGACAGACACGGAGAGAGACACGGAGAGAGACACGCGGGGAGACACGGAGAGGGAGACACGAGGAGAGGGAGACACGGGGAGAGAGAGACACGCGGGGAGACAAAGGUGAGACAAAGAGCCGUGACCCCCGAGCACCGGCAGCCAUGAAGCUGACCGACAACGUGAUGAGGAGCUUCAGGGUGGCCAAGGUUUUCCGCGAGAACUCGGACAAGAUCAACUGCUUCGACUUCGCGCCCAAUGGCGAGACCAUGAUCUCCAGCAGCGACGACGACUCCAUCGUGCUCUACGACUGCCAGGAGGGCAAGCCCAAGAGGACGCUCUACAGCAAGAAGUACGGGGUGGAUCUCAUCCGCUACACGCACGCCGCCAACACCGUGGUGUACAGCUCCAACAAGAUCGACGACACGAUCCGGUACCUGUCGCUGCAUGACAACAAGUACAUCCGCUACUUCCCAGGACACACCAAGAAAGUGGUUGCUCUUUGCAUGUCCCCCGUGGAUGAUACCUUCAUCUCCGCUUCGCUCGACAAGACCAUCCGUCUCUGGGACCUGCGCUCCCCCAAUUGCCAGGGGCUGAUGCACCUGCAAGGCCGCCCUGUGUGCUCCUUCGACCCCGAGGGCCUCAUCUUCGCCGCGGGACUCAACUCGGAGAUGGUGAAGCUGUACGACCUGCGCUCCUUCGACAAGGGCCCCUUCGCCACGUUCCGCCUGCAGCAGGACCGCACGUGCGACUGGACCGGCCUCAAGAUCAGCAACGACGGCAAAUUCAUCCUCAUCGCCACCAACGGAGGCGUGCUGCGUCUCGUCGACGCCUUCCAGGGCAGCGCGCUGCACAUGUUCACGGGCCACACGAACAGCAAGGGCAUCACCCUGGAGGCAUCCUUCUCCCCCGACUCCCAGUUCAUCAUGACCGGUUCAGAAGACGGGAAGAUCCACGUGUGGCACACGGAGAGCGGCACCAAGGUGGCCAUCCUGGACGGCAAGCACACGGGCCCCGUCACCUGCCUGCAGUUCAACCCCAAGUACAUGAUGGUGGCCAGCGCAUGCGCCAACAUGGCUUUCUGGCUUCCCACCAUCGACGACUGAGCAGCGCCACGGCUACCGCCGUUCGUUGGCAGAGCGCCCCGAGUUGACGGACGCCCCGAGCGGCCGCGCUGCGACUACCGGACGCGUGCGCCGGCAAGAUGAACCCUGGUGUGGGCGACUCUCGGCUUACGCCGCAGUCUCGCGUGCGGUGCGCCCGAGGUGGAGGUGCAAUGUCUUCACACGGCGCUUGCUCAGCUCCGCGGAAUUUCUGGUUUCUCUCCAAGUUCAAUUGUCGUCUGGAAGGCACCGCGGCCGUCGGGGCUGCGUCACAAACUGGACUUGCCUUGUCGAGUGUCGUUGGUCAACUAAACCGUAACUUUAAUAUUCUAGAUUAUAAAGAUAUUUUACAGGCAGUUUUUGCUCAAUGCGUUUUAGUUAUUUGUAAAUGUGUUGGUUUUACAGGAAAGUGAGAAUCGGUGGCUCAGGUCUGCAAGCUCAGUGGCAUGCGUUGUUUUAGCCUUGGAGUUUGUGUUGAUGUGAGAAUUGCUUCCUUCAACAGUGGAUGUGCGAUCGCAGCUGCGGGCCACCACGGGCCUUCUUGGUUCGGUCCGUAUCACACUUGUUACGCCAGGGGGCGUCCUCUGUUGCUGAGGGCAUGCACCCAAUGCGGGGGGGUGGGUCGUGCUGUGAUUGGGGGACCAUGCUGUGGAAUCUGGGAGACUUAAAGCAAGCAAACCGUGUGGAUUCCCUGCCAAGCGGAGACUGCAAGUGUUUGGUGUUACAAUAGCAUUGGCAGUGAUGACCUCUUGAUCUUGUCAAACAAUGCCAUGUGGAGAAGGUGGCUCUUUCCAAUACUGAAGCUGCUGUGCUUAACAGCAUGCGGUGCACAGCCUCUGCCCCACAGGUUGUGGUGCAUGGCCUCCGUGUGCCAGAGGCUGUGUGCUCAACACAGCCUGUGGCACACGCAUUGCAUGCACCACUCCUAUCCACACUUAAUAUUCGGGUUGUGCCCACAGCUUUUGUUUGCUGCAGCAAGAACAUUUUUGUAACAUCUGCAACGUAUUUUGUAACCGUAUUUCUCCUCGUUAAUGUUUAGAAUAACUUAAAACCGGCGAGUGUUCAUUUUGCAACAAAUUCAUGCAUGAAGACACGGGUGAAUGUUGGCCGUAUACCGCCUGGUUGUCACGCUGAAGCACGGUGUUUUGUAAAUAUUACGAGUCAUCAGGCGAAGGCAGCCUGUGGCGAGGAUGCAGUUGGCUCACUGGCUGUGGAAUAGGACGGAUGUGCUCCGGGUGGGAGCAGCAGCGAGCUCCAGCUCCUCUUGCAUGGGGGGGGUGGUUUGUGCAGUAGGGAUGUUGUGUGGGUGGCUAUCGUCACAGCAUUUCACCGCUGAGGAGUGUGAGCUUGGGCCGGUGAAGUGGACAUCUGGGGGUGCAGGCCCCAGCGCCGGCAGCUCCUUUGUGGCGCCGGGCCUGGGGUGGCCUUGCGAGUGAAACUUGGCUGCUGUACGGAGCUGGUUGCCACAAUCUGUGAGCAUCCCAGGCUGGACCCACAGUACAUGAUUACAAACAUCGAGGUCAAGCACCGACUUCUGUUUCAACUCUGCCACAUUCUCAAUUUGAAACUUUAAUCAUUUAUACUGCCACACGGCUGACGCUGCAUCCAGAAGCUGCUGUGACGCGAUUACAGAGAGGUGACCACUGCGCUAUCACAGCUAUAUUCAGAUAUUAAAAUAUUAGUGACCAAAUUUUGAUUGCAAAUUGUAAACUGAAGUGAUUUAUUUAACAUAAAAUGUUCAGCGAAGUCCUCCCCCGAUAGCUGUGCUGUGUGCCACAUCCUCCAGCUCCUAAUUUAGUUUCUCACGGAGUGCUGGGCCAUGGCCGGUUAUGUCCUCUCAUUCCGGGUGCAGAUACAUCUUGAUGCCUGUGUUACUGUUUUAUGCUUCUCAGAUGUUCUGAAAAGUGUAACUAAACCGUGUAAUAUAAUUGCUAAUUUUUUAUUUUUUUCAAUAAAACGUAUCAGACAGCUAUGA